AUGCCCACGUCGACGCCAACGCGGACGCCAACUGUCGCCCCCACCAAUACGCCGGCGCCCACGGCGACACCGUUUCCCGACGCUCCCCUGGUGUUCAUCGGCGACACGGUUUACGUGACGGAUCUGGCGGUUUCCGGCGCGGAACGAUCUCAGGGCCUGUCCGGCCGCCCAUCAUUGGCCGGCGACCGUGCCAUGCUAUUCGUCUACGAAGAUGACCAGCCACGUACCUUCUGGAUGCCGGACAUGUAUUUCCCGCUGGACAUGGUAUGGAUCAGGUCGGAUUGUACCGUCGACGGCGUGACCGACCACGUCCCGAACCCGCCCCUGGACACCCCGCGCGACCAACUGCCGCGCUAUCCGUCCACCGGCCCGGUACGUUUCAUUCUGGAGAUCAACUCCGGCCAGGCUGAAAUCCACAGCAUCGUCCCCGGCUCUCGCGUAGUGUUCGCCGGCCAAAUCGAAGGCCGAUGGGGCUGCUGA